CAUUUUUGUAGAGUUCAGAGUAUUAUACUAUUGAGUAAAAUCGAAUUUUUCCUAAAUUUAUCUAAUUUGCAGAGGAAAAUAAUAAAUUUCCGCAUUAUUAUACCUUAUACGCGUACCAAUCAAGCAAAUUUUUAUUAAAGUUAUGGCUGACGAGGAUGUUAUUCGAAGAAGGCUUCUAAUUGACGGCGAUGGUACCGGAGAUGAUCGACGACUCAAUGUUUUGCUAAAAACAUUAAUAAAAUGGUGUAAUAGCACGGAAGACAAACCAGAAGAGAGUAAGGCAACACACGAUAGAAUGCUAGCCCAGUUGGCACAGUGCGAAUUUGCAGUCACCAAAUCUCAACUAGGCUCUGACAUGAUGGCUGCCGAGCUAAAGAGCUACGAAUCACUAUCUAAAAUCCUCGAACACGGAAUUGAAGUUGCCAAAAAGCAAAUUGAUAAGAGUAAAGCAGAUUUAGCCGAAGCUAAGACUGUACGUAAGAAUAGAAUUGAGUAUGACGUGCUUGCGAAAAUUAUAAGCGAGCAGCCCGACAGAAAGAAGACGUUAGAACGUCUGGGCACUCUAGAAACGGAGUUAAGUAAUCUAGAAGCCACAAAACAGCAGUUGGAAAGUCGUCUGUCACAGCGGAAAAAACAAUUCCAUGUCCUAGUUACGUCCAUACAUCAGUUGCAGGCGUUAUUAGAUGAACCUGAUGAUAUGGAGUCAAUAUCUGAUGAUGUUGAUAUGAAAGAGGUUGAAACAUAGUCUGGAUCAUGGUCUGUGCCUUUAUACAACAUGUUUUUUAAGAAUUUAAUAUUAAGAAAUAAAAGUAAUGUACUAAACA